ACUAGAGGAGGCGCUAGCGGGACACCGUAGGUGGCUUCAAAAAGCAUGCUUUCAGACCCAGGGCAGGGGCAAAAUACCCCUGGAUGCUGAACCCCGGGCCUAAGCCCCGCCCCGCAUGGAGGGGUGCCCAUGGGCGUGGCGCUCCUUCCCACAACGAGGGGUACGCUCUCCACUCCAACCGGUUCCCUCUGUGGCUGCAGCGUUCCCUUUAAGCCUGGCAGGCAGCUCUCGCGGGAUCCGACGCUCCGGUUCUCGCGAGAAGGGCCUUCGGCUCCCAUUGGCCGUGAGGGCUGAAUGUAAGAUGGCGCCCAGGGAGCUGUGAGGAGAAAAUCCUGUCGGUCUCGGAGCGGCGACGGCAGAACCGAGGCCCCGGGCGGUGAAGCGGGGCCGGCGGGUAGAACGGAGGCAGCGGCGGCGGUGACGUCGCCGGGUGAGGGCUCUGGUGAGGGCGGGGACGCAGCAAGGCUCUGGCUCGAAGGCGGCAGGCCCACCCUACACAACGGCGGGCGGGCGGGGGCGGGCGGGCCGCUGCCGCUGGGCCCAGGCGACCUCAGGGCGGCUUCAGAGCGGAGAACGUCCCUCGGCUCGCGAGCCUCCGCCCCACGGGUGGGGGAGGGGCGGGCCUGAGGGGCGGGUGGGCGCGGCGCACGGGGGCGCGCGGAGGCGCGCGCGCACGAGCGUGGCUUUUUUUUUUCUUUUUUUUUUUUUUCUCAUUUUUCUGCGCGCGCGCGUGCGUUAUCGUGCGCGCUGUGCGGUCCUCUCGUUGCGCGUAGCCGCCCGACGUGCGCGUCCCCGUUGGCUCUCAGCUGUGGCCCGUGGGCUAGAACGGCUUCCGGGGCGCGCGCCACCCCGCGACCCCCCGGUUUUGCGGCGCGCGCCCUGCUGUUGGUCGCUCACGCUGUCCGGAGUGCGCGCCGGACGCCCCUUCCAAGAGGAGGGCAGACGGGCGGGCGGGCGAGCGGCCUGGCGGACGACCGACCUGCCGACUGGGGAAGGUUGAGGGUUGGGCCCUUGUCCUCGUGACGUCCGGGGCAGCGGUGGCCUAGGUCUGCGGAGAAACAUAGCGGCUUUGCGGUCUGGCUUGCGGCUCCGCUCCUCCGGGAGGCGGACAGGAGUGCUCGUACUAACUGAAGAAUGCUGUUACUUAAGCGAGGCCCAAGGACUGGAAUGUUAGAAGUCUUAAGAACUCAGGACAAGCAGCAGACAUACAUGCAACAUGGUGACUGGAACCCUAAGGACUCUGCAAUAUGAAUAAUUCUCUAGAGAACACCAUCUCAUUUGAAGAGUACAUCCGAGUAAAGGCGAGGUCUGUCCCGCAACACAGGAUGAAGGAAUUUCUGGACUCACUGGCUUCUAAGGGACCAGAAGCUCUUCAGGAGUUCCAGCAGACUGCCACCACCACCAUGGUGUACCAGCAGGGUGGGAACUGCAUUUAUACAGACAGCACUGAAGUGGCUGGGUCUUUGCUUGAACUUGCUUGUCCAGUCACAACCAGUGUUCAACCACAAACUCAGCAAGAGCAGCAGAUCCAGGUUCAGCAGCCACAGCAGGUUCAGGUGUAACUCAAGUGUAAUUUAUGCUCUCCGAAUGCUGACACUACAAAGUAAGAUCCUGUCUGAAAGAAAAGAGAAGCAAGCCACUGAGUCUUCUGACCAUGAUAGCACAUGCCUGUAAUUCUAGAAUUGUACAGGUGCAGGUGCAGCAGUCUCCACAACAGGUCUCAGCUCAGCAACUUUCCCCACAGUUCACCGUUCACCAGCCUGCUGAGCAACCCAUCCAGGUCCAGGUGCAGAUCCAGGGCCAAGCACCACAGUCCGCAGCCCCCUCCAUUCAGACUCCAUCUCUGCAGAGCCCCAGCCCCUCACAGCUGCAAGCAGCUCAGAUCCAGGUGCAGCACGUCCAGGCGGCCCAACAGAUCCAGGCUGCAGAAAUCCCAGAGGAGCAUAUCCCACAUCAACAAAUCCAGGCUCAGUUGGUAGCUGGCCAAUCUCUUGCUGGGGGCCAGCAAAUUCAAAUUCAGACUGUGGGUGCUCUUUCCCCACCACCAUCCCAGCAGGGCUCACCCAGGGAAGGGGAACGGAGGGUUGGCACAGCCAGUGUCCUUCAGCCAGUGAAGAAACGCAAAGUGGACAUGCCUAUCACCGUGUCCUACGCCAUCUCAGGGCAGCCAGUGGCCACUGUGCUGGCCAUUCCACAAGGCCAGCAACAGAGUUAUGUGUCUUUGAGGCCAGACUUACUGACAGUAGACAGUGCCCACCUGUACAGUGCCACUGGGACCAUAACUAGCCCUACAGGAGAAACUUGGACCAUCCCUGUUUAUUCUGCCCAGCCCCGCGGGGAUCCUCAGCAGCAGAGCAUUACGCACAUUGCCAUUCCCCAGGAAGCCUACAAUGCGGUUCAUGUCAGUGGCUCACCUACGGCCCUGGCAGCUGUAAAGCUGGAGGAUGACAAGGAGAAGAUGGUGGGCACCACAUCUGUAGUGAAAAACUCCCAUGAAGAGGUAGUGCAGACCCUUGCAAACUCUCUCUUUCCAGCACAGUUCAUGAAUGGCAACAUCCACAUUCCAGUGGCUGUGCAGGCUGUAGCAGGCACAUACCAGAAUACGGCUCAGACUGUACAUAUAUGGGACCCACAGCAGCAGCCACAACAGCAAACUGCACAAGAGCAGACACCACCACCACAACAGCAGCAGCAGCAGCUGCAGGUCACUUGUUCAGCACAGACUGUUCAGGUUGCUGAAGUUGAGCCACAGUCACAACCACAGCCUUCACCAGAGCUUUUGCUUCCAAAUUCUUUGAAGCCAGAAGAAGGGCUUGAAGUAUGGAAAAACUGGGCUCAGACCAAGAAUGCUGAACUAGAAAAGGAUGCUCAAAACAGAUUGGCCCCCAUUGGGAGGCGACAGUUGCUACGAUUUCAGGAAGAUCUGAUCUCCUCUGCUGUGGCUGAAUUGAAUUAUGGCCUUUGUUUAAUGACACGAGAAGCUCGGAAUGGAGAAGGUGAACCCUAUGACCCAGAUGUACUCUACUACAUUUUCCUGUGUAUACAGAAGUAUCUUUUUGAAAAUGGAAGAGUAGAUGACAUAUUUUCUGAUCUUUACUAUGUUCGUUUCACCGAAUGGCUACAUGAAGUUCUGAAGGAUGUACAGCCUCGGGUCACUCCACUUGGCUAUGUGUUGCCCAGUCACGUGACUGAAGAGAUGCUGUGGGAAUGUAAGCAGCUUGGGGCACAUUCCCCUUCCACACUGCUGACCACCCUCAUGUUCUUUAACACCAAGUACUUCCUGUUGAAGACUGUAGAUCAGCACAUGAAGCUGGCUUUCUCUAAGGUCCUCCGACAGACAAAGAAGAGCCCCUCGAAUCCUAAGGAUAAAAGCACGAGCAUCCGCUACCUGAAGGCCCUCGGAAUACACCAGACUGGCCAGAAAGUUACAGAUGACAUGUAUGCAGAGCAAACAGAGAAUCCAGAGAAUCCACUAAGGUGUCCCAUCAAGCUCUACGAUUUCUACCUCUUUAAAUGCCCUCAGAGUGUGAAAGGCCGAAAUGACACCUUUUACCUGACACCUGAGCCAGUUGUAGCUCCCAACAGCCCAAUCUGGUACUCAGUCCAGCCUAUCAGCAGAGAACAGAUGGGACAGAUGCUGACCCGGAUCCUGGUUAUACGAGAAAUCCAAGAAGCCAUUGCCGUGGCCAAUGCAACCACCAUGCACUGAGGUGCCUCAGCUAUAGGAAAAAAGAUCCAGGAAAAACCAGACAGACUUUCACACUAAAGGAGAGGCCUCCACAUUUUUUUUUAAUUUGUAGUUAUGAUGCUUUUCAGGCUACUUCUGUUCAAAAUGUAAAAGACGAUAUUGCCCUCUUUGCAUCUUCAUAAAAUGGGCAGACCCCUGGUUCAUAGGGAUCUGGGUUUUCUGAGAACCUGGUGUCCUAGGAAGUGGUUGGCUUUUUCUUUUCUCUUUUUUUCUUUUGUCUGGGGCGUGGGGAAAGGAACUUGGACUGUAUGGAGAGAUACAGACCCUUCCCUUCCUCAGGGAAGAUGGAGCUGCUGAUGCAUCAGCCUGUCACUCGGAAUCGGCAAACUUUACUGACCACUCAGAGCCACAUUUGUUUUUUGUUUUUUGUUUUUUUUUUUUGUAAUGCUCAGACAUAAACUUAACAUCUUGAUGGAAGAAGAAUAAGGGGAACUUCAAUUAUGAUUUUUAUCCAGACAAUUUCUAUUACACCCUUCUUUAUGACAAGUGACAUAAAAGUUAAAGUAAAAACUUUACCAUGCGCUUUUUUUUUUUUUUGGCCUAACAUUGAGGCCUUAAAAAUGAGGCUCCUGUGCCUGAUGGAAUUCUUGUAACAUACACUUGUGUAUCAUAUAAAGAUACCACUCUUUCUCUUAUGUAUUCUUAUUCUAGUUGUUUAUUAAGAAUGACAAGCACGUCUUUUCAACAAGC